AUGAGGACAGUUCCAGACCCAUCGUACGGCUUAGCUGCGCAAUUUGCCUACGCCCCCGACCGUCAUUUGACGCCUCCACCUGCGACCAUUGAGCAAUUCAUCCACUUCAAGAAGAGUUUGGGUAUUACCAAUUCGGUGUUAACGCAUGGCCUAUCGUAUGGAGCCAAUGUAGAGUCAUUGAAAAGCUUCGUCAAGCUGCUAGGCCAGUCUUCCACGAAGGGGAUCGGAGUCAUUGAUCCUGAGACGGUCACCCGGGAAGAGCUCCGGGAAAUGCACAAUGCAGGCAUCCGGGGCAUUCGGGUCAACGUCUAUAAGUACAAGGCCAUGCAUGAUGCUGAGCUACAGAAGGUCGCUCUGCGGGAACAUGCCCGCAUGAUUGGGAAGCAUUGUCCGGGGUGGACCAUGGCGUUCACACAAACUCAUCCAGAGUUCUGGAAGGAGCUAAGACCAGUCAUUGAACAGGAGAUCACGCCGGCAGGGAUUCGUUUGAUUACCGAUCAUUUUGCUUUACUAAAAGGUCCAAGCAUGCUUCCACCCGAGUGUGAGGGAGAUGUAACCCGACAAGUGGGAUUUGAAGACAUCAUGGACUUAGUGCGCAAGGGUCAUUUGUAUGUCAAACUCAGCGCGCCGUACCGAGUGAGCAAUGAAGCACCUUUCUACGACGACCUGAAGCCAUUAGUCCGAGCUUAUAUCGAUGCGAAUCCGAAACAGGUCCUUUGGGGGAGUGACUGGCCUCACACGCCACGUAUGAAGGUCCGUACGUAUGACGAGGCAAUGAAAGAGACCCCUUUCCUUGAGGUGGACGAUCAUGCAUGGUUGAAAAGUCUACGGUCGUGGCUGUCAGAGGACGAAUGGCAUACCCUGAUGGUAGAGACACCAAAGGCGCUUUAUGAUUGGUAG